AUGCUGUCCUUUGCCCUGUGCCGGGCAUGCGACGCAAGGCAUCCUGCCCCGGUGUCACCUGGCACUGGCGCCCAGCGCCGGGCGUCUGAGGAUUUUCGGCACAGCUCCGCUCCAUGGAUUCUGGGAGUUUCCGCAGUUUCUGGACUGGCCCAAACGAGGCACAGACAAGUCAGAGCCUUGCGGCGGCGUUUGGCCAAAGUGGCCAUGUCUUCCAAGCCGCCGGGGGAAGCUCCGACCAGGCGAAGUCUAGGUGCCAACUUGGCAGUUGUGGUAGCAGGAGUUCCGAAAUCUGCCAGCGCAGAAGUCUUGUCGCGACCGGGGUCAGCAGCCACGGGUACCACCGGGACACGACGGCAGCUCUUUCGCGUAAAGGAUCAAGACUGGCCGAAGGAGUUAGCCAGGACCAACCCUGCAGACUUCCCGCACGAGUUGGCAGAUGAUUGCGAUGUGGUAAUUCUGGGGGAGCACCGCAACAGCAGCAGCGAUCACUCCAUGGAGGCGGACUUCACCCGCGAGUUCACCAAAGAACGUGGCAGGAGAGCAGGACUGCCUCCGGCCGUGGGACUGGAAAUGGUAGAGCAGCAGUUUCAGCCUAUUCUGGAUAGUUUCGGAAGAGGAGAGAUCAGUGUGACUGACUUGUACGACGCAACAGAAUGGUCCACUCGGUGGGUCUGGCCAUUCGAGUUAUAUGCCCCGGUCUUUGAAGCUGCGAAAGCCAAUGGAUCGCCCUUGGUAGCCCUGAACCCUGCAACCGAGGUGCGACGGAAACUUCCUCUGGAAGGCUUGCAGGCCUUGACGCCUGAAGAUCGUGGCUUGUACCUCCCCGAUGCUUUGGGCUUCGCGGCCACACUGCGGGAUCCCAACUUUCGGAGCUAUGCAGAUCUUGUCGUCAUGCCCAGCUAUGACACUCAUGUGGCAGGCCAGUGGUUAGGUAGCAGUGACAGCAAUGUGGCGACGCCACAGAACUUCUUGAGCGCACGAGUCUUCAGGGACGAGGCCAUGGCAUAUGCUGCCUGGCGUUAUCUCAACAAGGACCAGCGGCGUGGCAUGCUGCUCAUCGUAGGCUGUGACCACGUGAGAUACGACUACGGGAUCCCUGCUCGGCUGAAGCGUUUGGGAUCCGGUCUUAGCCGCUGGCAGGCAGAGAGACAGCUGCUGCUCCGCAAUGGGCCCACGCCCAGUGCGCAGAUCUCUGGGCGAUUGGCUCCUGGAGAGGUCUUUUCAGCAGAGGUUGAAGGGGACAAUCUGCGUUUGCAGGGACAGCGAGGCUUUGUGCUAUCCGAGGGUGGCACCGGCACUUUGGGUGCCUCUUUGGUGGAGGGACGAAAAUUGAAGGUGGCCACUGUGUUGCUGAACCCCACGGCCAAUGAAGGUUUGGCGAACACAGGCGCACCGCGCUGGAAGUUGCCUUCUGAUAAUGCAACAGGGCCAGCCUUGGCCGAUUACAUUUGGGCUGAAGCCUAG